UCCGCCGGGCUCCUCCUCCUUCCAGCCAUGCGUCCUAAUUAAUGGGACACCCCCAGUCGCAAAAAGCCCAGCAGUGGACUGCAACAUAGUCAAAGAGUGAAAGGGAAGAGGGCGAAAGUGCCACUGGAGAUAAUUGAUUACCUCCCAAUCAAUGAUAACUUGUUAGUAAUCUCAACUCUUUGGACUUCGCCAUUUUCAGGGAGGCAUCCGACUCCUGCGGACUCGCUGCUCCCGAGGAUCGACUCUCUGAGCGCAUCCUACUUCGGAAUACGAUUUUCUACAUUCUCUUCUCCUCGACCGUUUUCUUAGACUGUUAUGUGUCUUCCUCCUCUCUUUCACAGCCCCGUUUUCUUCUAGACUAUUAUAUAUUCCGGCCGUUUGAAACUCCCCCAACCCUGAUAAUGACAUCCAAAGAAGUGGCCAAAUGUGAUGCAGCGGAGAGCAGGAGGCGAAGCCCGCUAGACCACUUGCCGCCUCCUGCCAACUCCAACAAGCCGCUGACGCCCUUCAGCAUCGACGACAUCCUCAACAAGCCGUCCAUGAAGCGAAGCUACACGAUCUGCGGCACGGCGCACAUCAUUUCGUCCUCUGAGAAGCACCGACCGUCCAACAUCCCUCUGUCCAGUCGGGCUCUGCUCACCCAGACGUCGCCUCUGUGCGCGCUGGAGGAGCUGGCCAGUAAGACCUUCAAAGGGCUGGAAGUCAGCGUGCUGCAGGCUGCGGAAGGCCGCGACGGGAUGACGCUGUUCGGCCAGAGAACCACCCCGAAGAAGCGCCGGAAGUCCCGGACGGCCUUCACUAACCACCAGAUCUACGAGCUGGAAAAGCGCUUCCUGUACCAGAAGUACCUGUCCCCGGCAGACCGCGACCAGAUCGCUCAGCAACUGGGCCUGACGAACGCGCAGGUCAUCACGUGGUUCCAGAACCGGAGAGCAAAGCUAAAACGAGACCUGGAGGAGAUGAAAGCCGACGUGGAGUCGGCCAAGGCCGUCGGCCAGGUCCCAUUGGACAAGCUUGCCAAGUUGGCGGACUUGGAGAAAUGCGCCAACGGCACGCUAGGCCACCCGCGAGCCGAGUCCCCCGCGCGGGGAGGCCAGCAGGAGCACGAGCUCGCUCAGAAACUGCGGACGUCGCCGCUGUCCCCCUUCUCAGACCACACAACAAGUAAAGAGUGCUCAGAGGACGAGGACGUGGAGAUUGAUGUGGAUGACUGAUGGCGCACCUGGAGCAGCGCGCGGGGACGAAGCCCGCUGAGGACUUGUACACUUACUGCUUAUAUUGUAUCUCAGCAACAUGUACCCAAAGUUCAGAGACUUUCUACCGGCGCAGAUUCUCAUAGUGACGCAUGAACGCAGAACAAGACAUAUGCAGCGAAUUCAUCUGGAUCAAAGCAAUAUGAGUUUAUUUUCUAUGGAACACACACAGGCCUGUCCACACACACACACACACACACACACACACACACACACACACACACACACACACACACACACACACACACACACACACACACACACACACACACACACACACACACACAGCGCUCCGUUUUUCAUUUAUUAGCAUGAAAAUGCAUGAUUUGAUUUGUGAUCAUUAUCUAUUUAUUUGCCUUUUUAUAUUUAAUUAUUUUUAUUUGACUUUAUUUUUUUCUCGCGAGCCAAAUUAGUCACUGCCGACGCCUCCUCUUUACUCCAGCUCUUUUCUGCGUCCCGAUGCUGCGGCGCGUGGUGGUGAUGAUGAUGAUGAUGAUGAUGAUGAUGAUGAUGAUGAUGAUGAUGAUAAAGAGGCUAAACUCGGACCUUGUAGGUUUGACGGGGACGCUCACGCGCUAGUUUGCGUGACACUGCGGAUGCUGUUGCGGUGAUUUUAACACGCUAUACUUUUUAGAUGGUUUGGCUGCGAUAGAUUUACAGUUCCUAUAAACUUGUUGUGUUUUGUACACCUGUAAGUGCCUUUCUGAAAUCAGGACAUGAUCUGAAACCAAUGCACAGACUGUAUGUAAAUAGGCUACUAUGGGAAUAAAGUUGCUUUUCUGACUAUUUC